AGUGGACCGAUUAGUCCGGGUUCCACUGUGAGUUUACACAGCACAGCAAAUAUUGGCACUCCCUAUGACUCACAACCCUGGAGCUGGGAGUGGAGAGAUAACAAUGCCUGGAUCCGUUACCCGCAUGACGGGGCUAUCACAGACCAUCCCAUUAACAUGGAAAAUUGUACCAACAAAGGGGCGACUACUCUAUCACACAGUGUGACCACUUCCGAUAACGAACGGAAGUUCCGGUGUCUUGUCAACGCGAACCCAGCUUACUCCACAGAAAUUACUGUCUGUAUUCAGUCUCAGCCUAGUAAUGUACAGCUUACUGCAGUCCCCGGCGGACCGAUUAGUCCGAGUUCCAGUGUGACGUUACGAUGUACAGCAAAUGUUGGCAAUCCACACAUCCAGAAUCCCUGGAGCUGGGAAUGGACGGCAGACAAUGUCUGGACUCGUUACCCGGAUGACGGUGCUAUCACAGACGACCCGGUUGACACGGACACAUGUACUAAUACAGGGGCGACUACUCUAUUACACACUGUCACUACUUCCGAUAAUGGACGAAAGUUCCGUUGCGUCGUCAGCAAUGAUGACGCAUACUCGGCAGAAGUUAGAGUGUGCUUAACGUCAAAUCCACAUGACAUCCGGGUCACUCAGAAACCAGACGCAAUCCUGAACCCAGGAGACGGCGUGGAACUGAAAUGUUCGGGAAAUCUCGGCUCAACACAUCUAACUAAGCCCUGGUCAUGGCAGUGGAAGAACGGCGACACCUGGCAACGAUACCCUCACUCGGACAGAAUCACUGACGACUCGGUCGUAAGCACAGAUUGCGAAAAUACAGGGGCGACCACUCUAUCUCACAGUGUGCUAUCAGACGACAAUGGCCGCAUGCUUCGAUGUCUCGUCAACGGAGAUGUGCAGUACGCUGGUAAUUGCCGCAUUUCUGUCCACGCUCAGGCUCCCAAGGAAAGCGGGGGAAUACAUACAAAGGAAUUCUAUUCGAUGACUCUUGGAAUCGUCACACUAGUACUGUUUCUGGAGUAGCGAGUACAACAGUAUGAAGAAAACAAUAACAGCACACUGACCCAAGAAACAAACAUGAUCUUUCAGUUUGUUAACAAAUAUUUCACUAUCGUAGCCGACUUUCAGGCGUUUGAAUUGAUUUAUGUUUUAUAACUGCAACAAUGUCGUAGAAAUCGGUUCACUAUUGGCAUAUUCCAUGCAUUUUGGUAUUUUUAAUUUGAUUAAUUAUAAUUAUGACAUUAAAAUGUUUUAUUCAUUGCCUAUUUCAGAUAUUUAUACAUGUAUUAUUUAUUUGCAUAAUUGUAAUAAUGAAGAAAAAAAACCCACCCUAAAUGUUCUCAUAAUUGUCAGUUUUAGACACUUGACCUUUUACAAUUUGCAUAAACAUAAUGAUAUGUUUCAAUAUGUUCUCUGUUGUCACUUUAUGUGUUUAUUAUUCAGAUGAAUAUACAAAUUCGAAAAACGUAUUUAUAUGAAUGUACAGAUUCGACAAUGAACAUCAGUGAUUCGUGUUAUAUAAAUUAAAACUGGUUUUCUGUUAUCGUAAAACGAAUGUUGGCCCCCUUUUUUAAUUCUAAAGCAAAUGACAUUUGAAUAAUAAUAAAUAAUAGUUACUGUAAUAUUAAAUUACAUAUUUUAUUUUCGCUUAAUUUUAUUAAAUUUAUUACUGUGAAUAUCAGACUUGAAUUGGCUUUUUCACAUAUAACUGCUUCAGAAUAAAGAACUAUCAUAAAAUAUUGCCAAUGUAUCCAUAGUUAUGCUAUUCUAAUCAGUAUUAUGUGGUGUAGAUUUUUAAAGAUGACUUUGUUACCAUUGUAACUAUUGUAAAUUAUUAUACACAUUUAGAAACAAACGAAGAUUUUCUUAAAUCGACUAAUGUAUUAUUCAGAUAUUUAAUAUUAUUUAUUAAAAUAUACACAAGUGAAAUGUUGUUCUAUUUUCUUGGUUUGGUUUUAUUCAUUUGUGGACAGUAAUCUUUUAUUUAUGUAGUUAUGUAUUGAUUUUGAUUUUUUUUUUUUUUUUUUGAUUUUUUUUUUUUUAAUGCGGUCUCAUCUUUCUUUAAGUGUUUAGUGUGAUGGGCUGUUUUUUAAAACGAAAAAAACGAAAGCGACAGGAAAAGACAGACAGACAGACAGACAACGAAAGACAGAGAUAAGAGACACUGAGUGUACAUGUGUGUGUGUGUGUGUGUGUGUGCGCGCGCGCGCGCGUGUGCGUGCGUGUGUGCGUAUGUGUUGCGAUAACAAAAAGCCCUACCAGACUGAGGUUGUUUUAAAACUAGGCUCGUAUUUAACACGACUUCAUAUUUGUACGUGAAAUAUAAGCAGUUUAGUACCUCGUAAUAGUUUAAUCAAAAAGAAAGA